AUGAUGUCGCUGAGGUCCAAGGCCCUGGCGCUUGUGGAGGUGCUUUUGCGAGUUCCACCGCUGUUUGUGGUGGAUGAGUUUUUGAAGAUCAGUUUGGGAUUGCCGGUGUCGAGCGGCGAGGAGGUUUCGGUGCUUAGCAACGUGACAAUCGACCACGUAGAUGUUACUGAAGCAGAUGUGAACUACUACGAUGCGAACUUCUAUAAUGCUUUCCUUUUUACUUUCUUCAAGUUCGUUAUCUGCUGUUUAGGAUGCAUGUCAUCGCUCUGCGUGUUCGUGCUAUACACCAAGCACCUAAUCAUAGUUUACCUGUACCUCAUCUCUCUAGGGAUAGUGUUCGUGUCCUACUGGACCAACGUGUCGGCGAUCAAGCAGAUUCAAGCACUAACCCUAGCUGCCUCAUCCCCACAUCCCUCCCCAAGCAUACUCGAAGACAUUCUUAAUUUAAAUUUAAAAAAUUUACUCGAUCUCGAUGGCCCCGGCGUUCUAGUCAUACAAAAUUUUAUUAUACAGUUUGGCUUAGCAUUCCUCUUUAAAAAUGUCCACCUCGGACCUCGCAAUCAGACUGUACAGAAGCUAUUGCCUAUUAGUUUUAUGGCACCAUCGUUCCUGGCGAUGUUACCGGUUCCGCCAAAUCUUUUGCAUCAUUCCCCGGUCUUCUCUUCGCUGUUGCCACUCUUUCUUGUCAAAUAUGUCCUCUGGACUUCAGCUUAUGCGAUUGUGCAAGUUAUCUACACUGGCUACCAGCACGGCAGGCUCUUCAUAAGUAAUUACGGUCUAUCUGCAUUAGUCGAGACCGAGUGGAUGCGUUUGAACGUACCAUGUGUUUUGAGGGUAUUUUGGGUGUUAAGAGUGGCGGAACAUGCGAUUCUGCUCCUGAUGGACAACUACGACGAUGAUAAUGAAGAGGUAUUAAAGGUUUCCACUCUACUAGCCGUUCAGUCUCUAGCCUCAAUGGCAAAAUCGUUGCUAGUAACAGGAUGUGAGACCAUAACUGCUGUUCUCGGGAUGACUUCGGUCAUAUCUUUCUUCUGUCACUACAUCGGCAAUUUCUUCCAAUGGAUCCUAAUGACAGACGAGGAAGAAGACAAAAGCAUAGGUACGGUUUCCGCUAUACUAUUUUAUAUACUGGCAUUGCAGACUGGUUUGACUUCACUGAACCCUGAGAAAAGAUUUAUUCGACUAUGCAGAAAUUUUUGCUUGCUGUUCACAGCUCUGCUACACUUUUUGCACAACAUCGUCAAUCCUAUGUUGAUGUCUCUGAGUGCGUCACACAAUCCUAGUACCCAUCGGCAUGUCCGCGCGUUAGGAGUCUGUGCAUUUCUUAUUAUAUUUCCAAUUUCCCUACUUGUGUAUCUGUGGUCCCAGCAUUCCAUAUCUACUUGGCUGUUAGCUGUUAGCGCUUUCAGCAUAGAAGUUAUUGUUAAAGUCGUUGUCAGCCUCAUGAUCUACUCCUUGUUCCUCAUAGAUGCUUACAGAAGCACAUUCUGGGAACAAUUGGACGAUUACGUAUACUACAUUCGUGCUUUCGGUAAUACCAUUGAGUUCUGUUUCGGCAUUUUUCUCUUCUUCAACGGAGCUUGGAUUUUGUUAUUUGAGUCGGGCGGCGCAAUCAGGGCUAUGAUGAUGUGCAUUCACGCUUACUUUAACAUUUGGUGUGAAGCUAGAGCCGGUUGGUCAGUUUUCAUGAAAAGAAGGACGGCCGUGAACAAAAUUAACUCCUUGCGAGAAGCUUCCUCUGACCAGUUAAAUCGUUUGGAUGACGUUUGCGCGAUAUGCUACCAAGAAAUGCAUUCCGCCAAAAUUACGCGCUGCAACCACUUCUUCCACGGCGUCUGCCUCAGGAAAUGGCUCUAUGUCCAAGAUAGGUGUCCUCUGUGCCACGAUAUUUUAUAUAAAAUAGACAACGACCCCAAUAAAGAUAACAACUCCGAAGCCGGCAACGAAGAAAACAGUAACAAUCAGAACCUACUCUUAGAAGAGGAGCCAGAUUUGUUUCUAGGCGACGGUGUGAGGUGA